CUGAAGCAAAUGAAGUGAUGUUGAUUGAGUUAGAGAGUUUAUAGGUCGGUUAAUAAACCGCAGUGACGCGGAAGACGCUGGAAAUUCCGCGCAUACGCGUCAAAUCUGAAUGCCUUCAUAUCUCCAUUCACAUCAAAAGUUGCGGUUCUUCACGCAAGGAAUUCAAAUCAGUGUUGGCGAAACCUGUCUUACAGCUCCUGAAGAACGUCUGUAGACACAAUGCUGCAGAUCAAACAUCUAGAGAGAAGUUCCUCUUUUUACUCUCAAUGGAUUUUAUUGUCUGCCCUUCUGAUCGGAGGUAUUCAAAUGCACGUCAUACAUCUGAGGACAUAUGACAUUACUGUCGGUCUUGCGUUUAGACUUCAGUGUAACAUUCAAAAGCAGAACGUGAGUGUGACAUGGAGUGACAAUCUGAACCAAAGCUUGGAAAACAGCACUGGAAUUAAGAUUAGAGGAAAUGCAUUGUGGUUUUUACCUGCCGAGUCUUUUCACAGUGGAAAUUACAUCUGUCUCAGCAGAAAAGGAAAUGAAACCUGGGAAACGGUGUUUAACAUUUCUGUUGAAGACGAAUCAUGCCCUCGUAUGAACCGAGAGAAUGUGGCACAGAGUACACCUGAAGUGCCCUGUAUGCUUCAACACAUCUUUCACUUAGACUCACAAGCUCAAGUCACCUGGCUAAAGAACUGCAGGCCUAUAAAUAAAACCAUAACCAGUAAGAUCCUCCCCAUGAACAGAUCUCCAGAUGAUGUUGGACUCUACACCUGCUUUGUGAACUUUACCUUUGAAGGUCAAAAUUACUCCGCUGCCCAGACCACAGAAAUCUACAGCGUUCCUUCAGAUUUUGUGGUGACGCAGCCCAAAGUGAUCUACCCAAUACAAGAAACACGCACAGUCAUACUUGGUGAGAGUUGCAAUCUGACGUGUAAAGCUCUUAUUGGGAAGAACGGAAGAGAUGAAACGUUUAUGUAUUGGUUGCAUGACAUGCCAUCUCAGUCACCCACCCACGACUACAUUAUUGAGGAAAACAAUAUGGAGUACAUGAUGUGUAUUCUACACAUCCAAGAAAUCAAAGCCGAGCAUUUAAACACAAACUUCACCUGUUACAUCCAGCAUCCGGUGGGAAAAGAUUCUGGAACAGUGACACUUAUUCCAGCCAAUCAGAAUCAGCGUUAUUUUUGGAUAGUUCCUGGUCUGGUAUUUCUGCUCAUAUUGGCUGUAGUUGGGUUUUAUCUCUUUAAAGUGGACCUGGUGUUGGCGUAUAGAGAUUUGUGUUGUUUACCUGUGGCUUUACACGCUGAUGGAAAGUCGUACGAUGCGUAUGUGAGUUAUCUUCAUGGAAAUGAACUCAGCUUGUCUUCCACAAUGAGCUUUGCUUUGCAUUCCCUUCCUGCCGUCCUGGAGAAACGUUACGGUUAUAAACUCUUUAUCAGUGGACGAGAUGAACUUCCAGGUGAAGCUGUGCAUGAUGUCGUUGCUGACAGGAUGAAUCGAAGCCGAAGGCUCAUCAUCGUUUUGACCUCGCACAGCUUUGAGCCUCAAACACAGCAAGACAUAAAGCCGCUUUUAUUACACAGUGAGUCCACCAUGAAACCUGACCCCUCCAUGUCUCAAAUAUGGGGUACGUACGAGCAGCGGGUGGGUCUCUAUGAUGCUUUAGUGAAGGAGGGUCUGAAGGUCAUCCUGGUGCAGGUGGAGGACAAAGUGGACGAAUCUUCUCUUCCAGAAUCCUUACGAUACAUCAGCCGCACCAAAGGCAUCCUCAGGUGGAGACAGGACACCAGCGACAGCGCUAACAGAAAGUUCUGGAAACACCUGCGCUAUCGGAUGCCUCGGGGUCAGACGAAGAAAAGCAAACAGAUUACAGAGCUGCAAGAAGUUUUUUAAUGCGAUGUAUGUGAACGAAACUUUCACUGUGAACUUCAUGGUUAUCUUAUUCAGGUUAAUAUGUCACAGUUUGAGAAGAUUCUCUACUAGUUAAAGUCCCCCUGUGGUGAAAAUCAAGUUGUUGUUGUUGUUGUUUAUAGCCUACGUCAAUGUGGUGUUUUUAAUAUGCUUUAAGGCAAACCAUCUGCAAAUUCAACACCAAUGCAUUUAGUAUUUUCUCCAUAAAAUUGGAGUU